GUCCCCAAGAUGUCUUACUCAGCGGAACGGGCACUUUCCUGGCUGUACCCCAUGGCGAUCGUAUCGUCGCUGGUCUGCUGCAUCACGUCGGCGGUGGCCUGGUCGCACUGGCGCUACGUCCUGAAUGCCUGUCCGGACACAAAUUGCGGCUGCGUACUCCAUAGCAGGAGCACUUACAACAGCUUCGAGGGCGGCAACAUCGCCUACUGUCACUAUGCCACCUACGGACUCCUGCUGCCCCUCCUCUUUGCCGUGGUGCUGGGCGUCUAUCACGGAUAUCGGAUGUGCAUCGGGCGGGGCAAACCCAAGGCGGGCACGGCCACCAUCCGGCAGCGUUCUGGCGACAUGAUCGUGGUGACCACCGAGUCUGAACUUACACCAGAUGGUCUCUCUCCUUAUUAUUGGCUCCCUGCCACCGUAAUCUCGGUUAUAAUGGCCAUCUACCAACUGAUCUACUCCGCCAUUUUCACCGAUGGAUUCGAGGUGACCUGCAAGCAGUACAGAGAAUCGCUUCUGAAGGAAAUUCAGGGUGUGGGCAAUAUAGUGCCCGUGAUCAAGCAACGUCUGUCGUGUGCGGCUGUCUUCGAUUUCAUGGACUAUUUGGUGGAGAGUGUUUCCUACGAACGAAGGCGCUAUGGACGCAUCAACACCGCUGCAUGUCUGUACUUCACCCUGGUUUUCGCCUGGAUAGCUUUGGGCGCCUGGUUGAUCAUCUGCGUGAUCAAUAUCGUCCACCUACGACGCACUAAAGCCGCCAGAGUUUAA